AUGUUAAAUUAUGAAACUUAUACCAGUAUUUUAAAGAAUGAGUGGCACACAUUUGUGGAGGAAACUCCAAUAAGUCCUGAGAAAAAUCUAUUACAGAGGAUUCUGAAUUGGGUCCGGUUUGUUUUAUUAAAAAAUCCACAAAUUCAAACAAAAGAUUCUACAUUAAGUGGAAUUGCUACAAAUCCAACUACAAAUGAAAUACUUGAGGUUAAACUAAAAUCAGAUUUUGAUCGUAAUGAUCCAAAUGAUAAUCCAUUUUCCUUUUUUCCCACUUCAUUAAUUGCGACAUAUUAUUGGAUUAAUGGUGAUUUUGUUCAAAGGAAUCAGUUUAAUUCUUGGUUUGUUGAAAUAUUUACUAUAAUUGAUAGCAUUUUGGUUGUAAUAGUUUUGCAAAAUAUGCUGAUUGCUAUUAUGGGUAAUGUUUAUGAAAGCGCAGUGGCUAAAAGUAAUCAAGCCAUAUUAAAAUAUAAAGCAAUACAAAUAUCAGAACAUGAUGAUUUACAAUAUCGCUUUGAAUUUUGGAAUCAAGAUCCGGCAUUUAUUCCAUUCAAAAUGCGUUUUAGAAAUUUUAAAAGUGCCGUUCAUCUUGAUAAAAAUAUUUCAGAGUUUGCUAAACUACUAGAUUACGAUCAAAAAUCAAUUUGGGAAUUUGAUAAUGAGGGAUAG